CUUCUCUAUUGCAACUUGGGCGCAGAGGGUCCGCGGGGAAACAUGGCCGAAGGAGGGCCGGGCAAAGGUGUCGUUGAAGACCCCGCCAAGUCCACCGAGCAAGAGGACCGGACUCGACCUCAGAUCCUGUCGGGAUCGGGCUUCUGCAAAUGGUUCAAUGUCCGGAUGGGCUUUGGAUUUAUCUCAAUGACCAGCAGCGAAGGGAGCCCCGUCGACCCCCCUCUGGAUGUUUUCGUCCACCAAAGUAAAUUGGUGAUGGAGGGCUUCCGCAGCUUAAAGGAGGGCGAGCAGGUGGAGUUCACCUAUAAGAAGUCCUCUAAGGGCCUGGAGUCCCUGCGGGUAACGGGGCCUGGUGGAGGACCCUGCGCAGGCAGCGAGAGGAGACCCAAAGGGAAGGUCCCGCUCCAGAAACGCAAACCAAAGGGAGACCGCUGUUAUAACUGUGGAGGUCUGGAUCACCAUGCCAAGGAGUGUGGCCUGCCCCCCCAGCCAAAGAAAUGCCACUACUGCCAGAGCAUCACGCACAUGGUGGCUCAGUGUCCCCACAAGGCGCUGGCGCCUGCCACAGGCUCUCAGGACCAACAUGCCUCUACCUCGGCCUCCAGCCCCGCGACCGGGCCCUACCUCUACCCGCCAGAGGAGGAGGAGCGCUCUGGCUCAUCUCCCCUGGAAGGCUCCUCCUCCUCCCCAGAGGAGCCCCACACGCAUCACGGCCCCCGGACCCAGAGGUGGAGGAAAUCCUGA